AAGUCCAUUCUCAAACAACCCCGUAUCAAGAUGGCGAAUACGCGUAAAUAAUACAUCUCGAUUCUCGAUCAAGAAUCCAAUUCCAAAGUCCAAAACAACACAAUAUAUUAAUUAUUAAAUGUUAACUGCAUUUUUCUUUUUAUAAUCAGCAACUAAAUCUACAAGUAACAAAAUUAAUUCCUUAAAACCAUCAUCAACAAUUUAACACUUCCAAUCGAAACUCCUCUAUAUAAACCAAAAACCAUUUCACUCCAUAUCAAAACUUCACAUUACAAAUCAAUACCAAGAAAUCCCAAAACAAAUUUCAAAAAAUGUCAUCCCAAUUCAUCGAAAAACACCGCGAAAACGCCGAAAUCUACACCGGAGCAGAGAUCUGCAAGCAAAAAUCAAAAGAACUUUUACAAGAAAUCAACAUGCCCAACGGUCUUCUCCCCAUGGAUAGCAUCGAAGAAGUCGGAUACAAUCGGUCGACCGGAUUCGUAUGGUUGACUCAAAAAAAAGCGAUUCAGCACAAAUUCCAGAAGAUUGGAAAAUUGGUGUCAUAUGAUAAGCACGUGACAGCCUUUGUUGAAGAUCGAAAAAUGAAGAAACUUCAUGGAGUGAAAGCUAAAGAAAUUUUGAUCUGGAUUAGUUUGAAUGAGAUCUGUAUUGAUGAUCCUAAUUCAGAUAAAAUUACAUUUGGUACCCCUACUGGUAUUUCACGUUCUUACCCUAUUUCUGCGUUUGAGGACUGAGGUGGAAGAAGUUAGGGGGCAUAAUUGUCAAUUGGGUUUCUUUGUGAUGAUAUAUUUAUCAAGUGUAGUAGUAAUUUUCAUCUAUAUUAUGUUAAUUAAUUAUCACCUUCUGAUGCAAUUUUAUGGGUUUUAAACCGUGUUUACUUCA